AUGUCUGCCACACAAGAUGUGAUGUUAGGCCGACCGAAGGCGGAAUGGACUCCAACUCGUGAUACGUGUCUGGUUGAGCUUUUUAUUGAGCAACAUAAUUGUGGGAGAACUGCAUAUAAUGAGUUUAAAAAUGAAAUGAUCAGAUCUGUCACCCGUGAUUUUAACAAGAAGUUCAACAUGAAUUUAGAAGAAAGCCAGAUUAAAAACCGUUACAAUGUGAUGAAGAAAGAUUAUGGUGUUGUCAAAACCUUGCUUACUCAUACUGGAUUUGGCUGGGAUGAAACACGGCAAAUGGUCGUGGCUGAUGAUAGAGUUUGGGACAGCUACAUUGCAGUAAAAUGUGAAGCCAGACCUUUUCGGCGAAAGAGCUUUCCGCUGUACAAACAGAUGUCCAUCAUAUUUGAAGGAGAAAGAGUUGCUGGCAAAUUUCCGCUACCGAAUGGACUUCCUGUGGAAACCGAAGACGGAAAUAGCAAUACUGAAACAGUGCAAUCUUCAGAACCUGCCAACCUUCUUACGCAACUAGUUGAUGGUACCCUGGACUCUGAUUCAAUACUCCGCAUUAACGACAUGCACCUUAAGAAGCGAAAAUCUAUUGGUCCUUCAUCAUCAGGUCAGAGAAAAAGGGCAUGUGACAAUGUUGGAGAGACAUUAGAGAAUGCCUUGUAUGAAAUGUUGUCAGUAGCUACAGUCAAAGCCAUACAAAGGAAUGCGUCAAAUGAGAAGGCCAUGUAUCAGAAAUGCCUAGAGGAGUUGCAGAAAUUAGAGGGGUUUGAUGAUACUGAAUUUGUGAAGGCAGUUAAUGUUCUCAGAGAUGAUAAGAACGCAAUUGCGUUCAUGACAAUCAAAGGGCCUAGACGUUUGAUGUGGCUAAGGUCUCUAUGGCAAUGA